AUGAAAUUUAAAGUCUCUGGUAAUCAUUUAGAAGGGGAGUUGUCAUUUUCAAUAUUUGCCAACGCUUCUAGUCUUUACUACCUCGAUCUUUCGAACAACAAGUUGGAAGUUGAAACAGAAUCUCCCUCCUGGGUGCCCACCUUUCAACUAAGAUCUCUGAACUUGGCAAGCUGCAGCCUGAACAAGAAGAAUGGUCACAUUGUCCCAACCUUCAUAUCCACCCAAUAUUUAUUGUAUUUGCUAGACUUGUCUGAAAACUCAUUAGAAGGAAACAUACCUUGUCAACUACUUUUCAACAUGAAUAUCACAGAUUUGUACUUGAGUGGCAACAAAAUUGAUGGUUCUGUGCUUGACUGCUCUACUAAUGUAACUUCACCACUUAAGUCGUUGGACACAUCUGAUAAUCAUGUCAAAGGCUCUCUUCCAAAAAAUAUUGGAUAUCUUCUUCCAGGCUUAAGUCUCGUUGACAUGUCCUCCAAUGCAUUAGAAGGCAACAUUCCUUGUUCCUUUGGUUAUCCGCCUCUCCAUUUGAUAGACCUUUCUCACAACAUGCUCUCAAGAACAGUACCGCAGAGUUUGACUAAAAAUGGCACGCGACUUAUGCUGCUUGAUUUAUCAAACAACAAAUUGCAAGGACAAAUGCUCCCAAAGGACACAAAUAUGACAAUGUUGAGGGCCUUACAUCUGAGUAGCAAUAACUUCAAAGGAGUAAUCCUGCCCACCAUCUUAAACAGUCCAAAUUUACUAAUCCUAGAUGUUCGAGAUAAUGACUUGUCCGAUAAUAUUCCAGAGUGGUUGUAUGAUCAUUCUAGCUUGGCAAUUCUUAUUUUAAGUGGAAAUCGCUUUGAAGGUCACCUACCCCGAAGACUGUGUCAGAUGAAAACCCUCCAAGCUUUUGACGUCUCUUCCAAUCGUCUUUCAGGAGAUAUUCCCUCCUGCCUUAAUAACAUUACUUUUUGGAAGAAGAGUUCUCUAAGCCUUACCUACUGGAGUUACUAUGUCAAAAAACUUGUUCUACAAUAUCCCUACCUAUUUAGAGAGGAUGAUAUCCAGUCUAUCAUAGCAACAGAAACUCUACCUUUGUUCAUAAAAAAUAGGUUAUAUCCUUUCAGAGGUAUACCUCUUAUGAUGGUGACUGCAAUUGACCUGUCAUCUAACCAACUGACAAGUAGCAUUCCUUCUGAAAUAGGAGAACUGUCACAGCUUCUAUUCUUGAACUUAUCGGAUAACUCUCUAACAGGUUCCAUUCCAAUCUCUUUUCGAAACUUGAGAAGCAUGGAGAGUUUGGAUCUUUCUCACAACAAGUUGAGAGGGAGAAUCCCUACUGAAUUGGUUGGACUCACUUCUCUAUCUAUAUUUAGUGUUGCCUACAACAAUCUAUCUGGAAGAAUCCCAUUUGAGCGUCAAUUCUCAACUUUCACAAGCCAAUGCUAUGAGGGUAAUUCGGAACUAUGUGGAGACCCCCUGCCAAGAAAAUGCUCAACCACAAACCAAUCAAAACCUGAAGAAAAAAAAGGAAUUAGAAUGAUUGAUCACCCUUUCUUCUUCUAUGCAUUUGUAACUGUGUCGUAUGCACUCGGGCUUUGGGCUUUCUUUGGGAUUCUAAUCAUAAAAAAGAAUUGGAGGCACAAGUAUAAUAGAGUCGUGGACGGAUAUAUUGAGUCUUUGUUUGAGUUGCUCUCUAAGUAUAGGUGA